AUGUCAACUUUUCCUUGCCCGCGGGCGCGGCGGAGGAGCGGGCCGGCGCUGCGGUGCGCAGGAUCCGCGGCCGCAGACGCCGCUCGGGCCGAGAGCCGCUCGCUGCCCGCCGUGCCCGGCUCCGCGGCCGCGGCUCCCGGCGGGGCGGAGGCGGAGCGGAAACCUGCGGCCGCGUUUAUUGCUGUCGCUCUGCCACCCUUCCGUCCAGCCCUGCCCUGCCCUGUCGCCCCCUGGCACCAGCCGGAGGCCGCCUGGCCGGGCAGCUCCGCGCCCGCGCAGCGGCUGUCCUGCGUGUCUGAGGGCGCAGCGCGCUCCUGCUCAGCCCCGACUGUCCCCUCUGCCUCAGGCCGCCAUACGGCCAUAGGGCCAGUCCUGGGGGGUGUUCACUCUGUACUGUCUGUGGAAUGUCACUCGCGAGUGAAGGACGCGAGCACAGCGUGUCCCCGAGUCCCGCGGGCCCUGCGCACCGUCCCUGCCCGCGCUGCCCGGGCACAAAUCCACGGGCGCCAGGCGAGUUUCACCAGGCACAAAUCCACGGGCGCCAGGCGAGUUUCACAGCUGCACGGCGGCUGCCGAGGCUGCCUUUGCUCACAGACCGGGCUUCACUCGAACGACACAGCCCACGCCCGCUCGCAAAGGGACUCGGCCGAUGGCUCCGCUUGGGUUGGGCAGGCUGCCGAGCCGCUCCAAGCCGCCGCCGCCGCCGCCAGCGAUGUGCAAGGCCAUGAGCAAAGCAGCGAGCUGGGAGAUGGACGGACUGCGCGGCGACAGCAGCGGCGCGCUGCCGCCGCCGCCGCCUCGGGUUUUGCCUACGCCGGCGGAGGGGAGCGCCCGGGGGCGGCGGCGAGGCCCGAGCCCCCCACCAAGGACUGCCCGGGCUCCACCACGCCGGCCGCCGCCCCCGCGCUGGGCUAUGGGUAUCACUUUGGCAAUGGAUACUAUAGCUGCAGGAUGUCCCACGGGGUUGGGAUACAGCAAAACGCCCUGAAGUCUCCCCCCCACGCCUCCAUUGGCGGCUUUCCCGUGGAAAAGUACAUGGACGUCUCCAGCUUGACCAGCUCCAGUGUCCCCGCCAAUGAAGUCUCCUCCAGGGCGAAGGAAGUGUCCUUCUACCAGGGCUAUACAACCCCCUACCAGCACGUUCCUGGGUACAUAGACAUGGUCUCAACGUUUGGCUCUGGGGAACCGAGACACGAAACAUACAUAUCAAUGGAGGGCUAUCAGUCUUGGACUCUGGCUAAUGGCUGGAAUAGUCAGGUUUACUGUGCCAAAGAUCAGACACAGAGCUCACACUUCUGGAAAUCGUCCUUUCCAGGGGACGUUGCACUAAACCAGCCCGAUAUGUGUGUCUACCGGCGCGGGAGGAAGAAGCGAGUGCCGUACACAAAACUGCAGCUUAAAGAACUCGAGAAUGAAUAUGCCAUUAACAAGUUCAUUAACAAGGACAAGAGGCGAAGGAUAUCCGCAGCCACAAACCUGUCUGAGAGACAAGUUACCAUUUGGUUUCAGAACAGGAGGGUGAAGGAUAAGAAAAUAGUCUCCAAACUGAAAGACAACGUCUCCUGA